UAAUGAAUAUCAUAUGUAUAUAAUAUUGAUAAUAAUAAGUAAUAUACAAAAUUACUAAAUAAUAAGUAAUGAUGUGUACUUUUGUGAUGCAAUAGUUGUGGCUUUGAAAAUAUUUUUUAUCUACAUAAUAAUGAGUGAUAAUCAAGUAUUUGUUUAAUUUAUUACUUGGAAAUUAAUUGAGCUAUUGGUCAUUAUAAUAAAAAUGUUGCUUGAAAUUAAUAACAAUGUUUUCGAGUACUAUUCAACAAUCAAAGUUGUUUGAUAUAAGAAUAUUGCAUUUUUAUUAUUUGGAAUAUAUAUAUUUUUUUAGAAUGAGACAUUGGUCUUAAGUAGAUUAAAAUAGAUUGAAAUAAAUGAUAGAUUAAAUUAAAAUUAUUACUGCAUACGUUGAUUUUUUAUACAGCAUGUUCCAGAAUCAUCAAGAAAUUAUGAACAUGUCAAUAAUUGAUUAAAUUAAAUUUAUCAUAUCUACAUUUUUCGUAACAAGAUGAGUAAUAUGUAACGGAUCACAUGGUUGAGACGCACUUAUCAGAUAUGCUAUCAGAAUCAGCUAAAGUAGGUGUGUAUCUACUAUGACUAAAUAUGCGAUCAUUUAGUGAUAGCCUGCGUGUGAAAUCCCAGUGCGGAUAUCAUGAUGUUUAACAUUAUUACAUUGUUGCUUUUCGUUCUAUGCCACCAAUGUUUGUGCGAUAUAUGUAAAACCUGUGUAUGUUCUAAUACCUCAAAUGCAGGACCAAUUAUUGAUUGCCAUGACAGACACUUAGGAACUAACAAAGUUCUUAACUUCGAUCUUCUCACCUUAGAUAAGCAUCGGCCACUAAACAAACUUAUUCUUUCAAGAAACAAUAUAGUGCUUCUACCCAUAAAUGAACUAAAAAACUUGAAACGUUUAAAAAUAUUGGAUCUGUCUCAAAAUCAACUGGAUAAUAUACAUUCGGAUAUCUUUAAAAACCUAAAUGAGCUCGAAGAUUUAGAUUAUUCUAGUAAUUUACUUUGGGGCUUUGAUAUUUCUAUUCUUAACACAGUUUCUUCUCUCUCUAAACUUAAUUUGAGUCAUAAUCACAUCAACAAUUUGGAGAAAAGCUCAGAAAAUGCAACAACAAAGCUGAAAAUUCUUGAUGUAUCUCACAACAAUCUCAUUGAUCUGAACUUUCUCGAUGGUAUGCUGGAGUUAGAUUACUUAAAUCUCUCUUUCAACAAAUUUAACACUCUCCCGGCCAAUUUAUUACUUAAUAUGCAGCAGCUGAAGAUUCUUCGCAUUAACAAUAAUCAGCUUCUCUUUUUAAAUUUCCAAAAUCUUCCACUGUCACUGUUGGAACUUCAUACGGAAAGCAAUCUUAUUAAUACCGUGUCAUUCCAAAAAUCAUCAAUUCACACCUUAAACAUUCAAAACAAUAAUAUUUCUAACAUAUAUAACAAUUUAACAUUACUGGAAGAAUUAAAAAAUGUAAAUAUCAGUGGAAAUUCCUUAUCAGACUUUCCAGAUAUUUUCCUAAAAAAUUUGGAAACGCUAGAUCUAUCUUUCAAUGAUUUAACAACAAUACCUGAAACCAUUUCUAUUAAAAAUUUUCCAAGUUUAAAAAUUUUUAAAGUCAAUGGAAAUCGUCUGAGAGAUAUAAAAAUUUGGUCUGAACUGAAUUUGGAAAUAUUCGAAGUAAAAUUUGUAGAUACAAUUGAGAAGAUUGACAAAGAAACACUUCUAAUGUUAAAAGAAAAGACAAAUAUUUGCAUUAAUGUGACUAUUUCGAGUAAUACGAAAUUGAAUAUGAUUGAGGAAAAUGUUUUUCGACAUAUGAAUAUAUGCUCUUUAGAUUUGAGCAAUAAUCGCUUUACUCACUUGCCAGCAGAGCUGUUUAAUAUAAACGUUUACAAAAAUGUUUCAAAUUUAAAUUAUCUCAUUAAUCUGCAAGGAAAUCCAUUUAUUUGCAAUUGUUCAUUGCAAUGGAUGUUGAACGAAUUAGUGCCAAAACUUUACAUUAGGAAACCUAGUCUUUUAGAAGAUUUGAGAUGUGCUGGUCCACCUCCAUUAGCCAACAAAAGGAUGAUUCAUUGGUACAAAUGGAAGGGAGAAGUCUUUUGUGAUGAGUUUUCACAUUUUUCGGAGAGAAUGACUGUUAAUGUUGCAAGUAGUUCUAACCAACAGGUUGUGACAUUCAGAACUGGUCCUGGAAUGAUUGCUGUUCUGGCUACGGCAAUCGCACUGCUCGCAAUUCUAACGAUAAUCGGCAUUCUAUUAACUCGAAGAAUGAUCGCGAAGAGAAGACGAAUCAAUCGUAGACUUUAAAUCUUUUUAUUUUUACAAAAACAUGAAGACUGCUAUUGGGAAACAAUAUAAAAGAUAUCUUUUAUUAUUUCCUUAGCACAAUUUACAUAAUAUGUAAUUUAUGCAAGUUUUUCCAAAAAUUGCAUAGAUUAGCUGUCAUAAAUUAUAUUUUUUUAAAUUUUUUACUAUAGUACUUAUUGUGUAUAACAGGAACGGUCAGGAAUAAUAUAUAAUAAUAUAAUCCAUAAUAUGAUUUAUAUGAAGAAAUAUCAAAAUUUUUAUCUUUAUGGACACAUGCAUACUUUUGGUAGUCACAAAAUUAAACUUAUUUUAAUAUAAAUAAACUUAUGUUUUAUAAUAUUCUCUUCACAUACCUUUAAAUCGUAUUUUUAAGGAUUUUUAUCUUUCGUUAUUUUUAAUUCACGUUCCCACAUUACAGAAUCUCUUAAGAUAUUUAGUUAUAUCUAUUUUCCAUUGAUUAAGUAAUGUUUUUUUUCCGAUUACUGAUUACUUUAAUUUAACUUAUCAUAAUUAAAUCAAAUUAAUUUAAGCCAAUUAAG